AUGGUAUCAGCGAUGACUGUUGCAGGGGAUUACGAAGCGAAUGGUGACGAGUCCUUUCCGACGCUACGUAGCAAAGUUGUGGUGCCUACGGUUGUCCACCGCUUCCUUCCACCAUCACCAUCACCCUUCCUGCCGUCGCCGACGUCUGCACCCUUGCGCCGAGGCCAGCAACAGGAACGGCAAAAACGUCACCGCGUAACAGAGGAGUUGGCUCUUGCGCAACAUCACCUGGCGCUCUACACAGGCUUCUUUAGCCAAUUUCUUCAUAACGGCGGCAGUGGCGACCUCACCAACACUACUCAGAUUGGCCGGAAACGCUCAGCUGCGAGCUUAAAAAAUUGCGAUGGAAGAGACGAAAACGUCGAUUCCAAAUUGCUUCGAAGGUCGCCCAAAGCGUCGUCGUUCACUGAAAGGCGACGCGUUGUCCAGAAUUCGUCGCCGGAGGAGGGCGAAGCUUUCGACGAUGACGAGGACUAUGAUGACCAAAAUAAAAACGAAGAGGACGAGGGAGGAGCAAGGUAUUCCGAUGUGAACAAUCGAAUGCUUCGGCAGUCAGCGCUCCUGCCCACGCCAAGUCGAUCGUCUCUAAACCUCCUCACCGAUGGUCUCAAAUUCGGUGUCAAGGGGAGGGAGAAAAUACAACGAGAAGUGGGCGAGGUGAACACGCGAGUGUUUUUGGUCUUCUCCGCCCUCCUCCUCCUCCUACCUCCUCUUGGUCGAUUUCUCCAUCUGAUUUUAAUAGAGUCCUUCCUCCGAUUUGUUGUGGUUGAUAACCGAAAGAAGCUCACAGUUCUCUCUCUGGCCUAUGAAGUGGCCUGCCUGUUAGCCGGUUGGUUCGACCCUGACAAAUCGGGCUUUUUUCCCCGCAUCUCCACUCUCUCUCCCACUCUCAUUUGUAAAUUAUCAGGUAAGUAA